CUCUGUUUACAAUAUCUCUUUAUACUUCUAAAAAGUGACAUUAGUUGAAAAUGAAAGUUGAAUUUGUGUUAUCUUGUUAACGGUUCAUCAAAGUGACAAUGUUUAAUUUAUUUAUAAUUAUUUUUAUUAACAUUUUGUUGACAUUUAAUAUGUUGUUCUGCUUAUUAGCAGUAUGCAUUUGUUGUUAAACAAUCGUUGAUUUGUUUGUUUGUUAUUUAAACCCAACUAAUGUUUUAAAAGUUUGAAUUGAUUUCAUAUUAUUGUGUUAAUUUUUAAAUUAUCAGUAUGACAGAAUCGGAUAAAUACUCACCUGGUUUAGACUCAAGGCUAAAAUUACUGGUGGAAGUGCUUAAUGAACUAAAAUCAGAUUCACCUGCCGCAUUAAAGAAAUUCCUGAAAGAUUACAAAUAUCUAUUUGAUGAUGAAGUUACUUUCACUGAGAAGGACCCUCCAAAAGGCAUUGAUGCUAUAUGUCAAACGGAUGUUGAAAACGAUGUGAACCAAUGGAAUCCUGCCAGCGUCAUUGAAGACGUUACAGUUAUUGCAGAAAAAGUCACUCUUGAAACAGGAUUUAGUUAUGAUUCUAAUUCUGGGUGGUACUUUGAUGAAAAAAUGAACUGCUAUUAUAAUCCAAAUUUUCGUCUUUAUUAUUAUAGAGAACAUAAUGCAUAUUAUUAUUAUGAUGAAGAAAGCAAAGAACUUAAAUUUUACUGUACCCUCCCUUCUCAGGGUGAAUCCCUUAAUCUUAAUAGGACUGAUUUAAUGGAUUCUUCCGUUCAAGACAGACUAGAUAAUAAACAUACACAAUUUUCUCAUAUUAAUGAGAGGCCAAAAGUUAAAUAUAAUCGAUCGAGUAAUGAUAAGGAAGAAGGAGAAUGUUCUUGUAGUGAUGAAGAAGUACUUUCUCAUAUUUCAACUCCAGCAGCAAGUGAAGGAGCACAAAAUUGCAUUUUAACACCAGUUGUUAUUGAAGCAGGACCUACUGUAUUUGAACCUGACAACACAAAACAUUUUGCACCUUGCAUUCGAGUAGUAGUAAUGUCUUCCACAUUGCCUGACCUUGCCUGUGGCACACUUUUUAUAGUGACAUGCACAGGUGGGACGCUAGGUAGAGAAGGAGACCAUGAUGUGUUAAUUCCAGAUCAGUUGGUCAGUAAGAUGCAUUGUAAAUUUCAAUAUGUGAAGAAAGGUAGACUGUAUAUUUAUGAGUUAAUUGAUUUGGGAAGCAAAAAUGGAACAUAUGUAAAUGGCAAAAGACUUUCAGAAUCUUUAGUUGAAAGUUUACCUGCUACCAUCUCUCAUGGAAGUGUAAUUACUGUUGGUCGUACAGAUUUACUAUGCCACAUUCACCCACAAGAUGAAAUAUGUCCAGACUGUACUGCUGCCAGUAGUAUCAUGAAAGGACCUAUUAAUGAUUUUGAAAAUGAUAAAACCCUUAAAGAAAAACAUCAAAUAGAAGCAUUAUCAAUCAGAAAGAAAUUUGGAUUAAGUCAUUUAUCAACCACGAAGCUACCUGAAGGUUAUGAAGAUAGAGCAGAAGUGCGGCGAAAACAAGUUGGCUCCUCACAUUCUUCAGAAAAAACAGAAACUUCUUCUGUUAAUGAACCUAUAUGUAAAAGAAAUAAGGGAUAUGCUCUACUAUCAAAGAUGGGUUGGAAAGAAGGUGAAACUCUUGGUAAAAGAAAUGAAGGAGCAAUCUCACAACCUAUUCUUGCUGUAGAUCGAAUCAACAAAACAAGUGGAUUAGGUUGUGAAGUUUCUCAUCCAAUGGUUGAAAAAUCAAAAAAAUGUGAUAUUUCUCUGAAAACGUUACAUAGAUAUAAUCAGGGGCAGUAAAAGUUUGAGUUUUAUCUGGAUAAUGAGAAAAUCAAGGAGAGCAAAUCACACCGACUUAUAUUAUUCAGUGGUAUUUGAUCUGGUUGGUGUCUUCAUCCUGUACCUGUAAUUUUUUUCAUUUAAACCUAUAUGGUUUUAUUUUUUAUACUAUAAAAUCCACAUAUGGUAUUAUGUGAAUGAAUUUCCCUUGCCAGAGGAUCAUACGAUUGGGGUUUGGUGAUAGAAUUUUCAUUGCAUAUAUAAAGCCAAUCAUAAAGAAUGUAGUUGAGUAUCCAAUUAUAUUAUCUAUGUUCUAUUUUCUCAUUGUCUGAUUGAUGAUCCAUCACCGAUGCUCAAUCAUAUGAUUCUUUGCCAAUCAGGACAUAUACUAAGGGUAUCGUGGUCAUUUGGAAGUAACCAAUCAGACUCGCUACCUUUUUCUUAGUAUUUGUAUCUUCAAAAGUAUUGCUAUGAUGAAGUCUGUUUCAAAGCAAAUAAUAUGUUUCCUAGUCAGAAAUUUAGUUAUGUAAAUGAUCCUAAUCAUUAUGAUUAAAACCUUUAGUUCUUUUAGAAACAUUUUAUUUAUUUUUUUUCUUGUUUCCUGUUGUUAAUGUAUUAAUAUUUUUUUAUGUAAUUCUCUAAAAUACAAAAAGUCGAUUGAAUCGCA